GACAUAUUUAAAUAGUUUUUUUCAAGCUAGUUGGUUUUUCCCACUUCUACAAAGCUUACCUAAAAAUAGAUUAUUAAAAAUAUCAUUUGAAAAGGACAUAAAUUGGCAAAGAUCCUGCAUUUACAUGGGUUAUAUACUAAUAACAUUCCAUAAAAAACGAAAGUAGUCUCAAAAGCUUAAAAGACAUGGAAACUGUGCAGAAAAUAAAAUCGUUGUUUGAGAUCAUAUAUCAAUCCAUUCAAAACACAAAUCUGUUGAACGUAAGUUCCUUCGUACUGUGUCUUGCUUUCACAGAUGUAGUAUGUAGAUACAGCUUUUAUUACCUGGGAUGGUUCUCAUACAUUGUUCGUUUUGUUGCUGUGGUAUUUACGAUUUGCAUUCCACUUCUGACAACUUAUCAGUUCAAGGCUGCAACACGGCUUGUUUCUGGAAUCGGUCUCAUAGGACUUGCGUGGUAUUUUGUUUCCGAGUUUAAAAAAAUUGACGAUGAUCAUGAAAAUUUUCCUUUAACUGUUUUUUUUAUUCAUGCACACAUCCAGUUUUGUUUAGGCAUUCUUAUAUGCUAUGUGAUGACCGUGAACUCAGCAUUUCGGUUUGCCAUGUAUAUUUACCAGUUUAUACUUGCAGGAACAAUACUGAGAGUCACACCUCCCGGGACCGUCAAUAUUAUUUUCAUUGUUACAAUAUUUCUUCUGGUCUUGGGCUUUUUAUACGUUUUAGACAAUGGAAUACCGAUCUCAGAAAACGAAAUAAAUAACAUGUUCUAUGACCCUGAGAUUGACAACGCUUUAGAACAAUAUAGACAACUACUAUUGGCAAUUGUUCGGGGAACACAGAAUGUAUAUGAGAUCUAUUUUGCGUUACUAAUAACUGUAACCUUUAGUUAUUAUUCGGUGACUGCAACAGAGGAAAGUAAUAGUACCAAAUGGAUCAUACAAUCCACAAUCGGUUCAUGCGUUUGCACGCUCAUUUCUUUGAAAUCAUUCAACGAAACAUUCUUCUUUAUUUCAAAAUAUAUCGCUAAAAUGUGUUCUUCCUUUGUCAAAGGACUCAGUGCUUUUGAAGAAGAACAAAUGAUUAAUUCCAGAUAUUUAAUAGGAGUACUUUUGGUAACUUAUGAUAUGUGCUUUUUUGAGUUAGAUUCAUUAACACAUGGCGAAUUUAUAAUAAAUCGUGUCUGGAUAUUGACUGCAUUUCUCGUACAGGAUUGUUUGAUAAAAGUGGAUCAAAUAUCAGCAGAACCAGAAAUAAUACAGGGAACCCUUUUUCAAGCAGUGAGGGUUGUUUUCAUUGAAUCAUUAUUAACCGUUUUCCCUCUCUACAUUGCUUUUGAGUUUACCAGAACUUACUCUCUGACAAAUUUGGCCAUUUUUUUGACAAGUUCAUUCUAUGUAUCAAUAGGAGUACGAGCCGUUACAUCAAUGUUUGUAUUUAUCCUAAAUAAAUACGAGUUCAUACGUCAGGAGUUCUGGGAUAAUUUUGAUGAUAUUGUAUUUAGAACUCGACUCGUAGGUUUUGUAGCAAUAAUAGUGCUCAACAUUUUAACCGUAUGUUUUGGCAUCGUGACACUUUUACGUAGUUUUUGCACACACCUUAAUAUAGGUGUUUUCACAAAGUAUGAUGUACUACAAUUAAUUGGAAUUGCAUCUCUUGAUAUUUAUCAUGCCAUAAUGGCUAUAUGGAGGGUUUAUAUUCAAAGAAAACAGAUAUUUCAGUUUACUGCACGGUUGGAAAAUGCCUCCGAAGAUCAAAUUAAACUGAACAAUGACGUAUGUUCAAUAUGCUUUCAGAACAUGGAUUCGGCCAAAGUAACACCUUGCAACCAUAUUUUCCAUGAGACGUGUAUUAUGAAAUGGUUUCUUAAGUCACAAGUCAAAUGUCCAAAGUGCAAUCGUGUUGUCAUAAGAAACCUACCUUGAACAUUACAAUGUAACAGUAUUAUUUCGUUCACCUCUUCACUAUCAAGGCUACUUUUGGCCUCUCGAUACGACACUGAUAUAUAUCUAACUAUGGAACGCCUCAGCUGUCUUAUGUGGAACUCUGAUAUUACUUUAUGUUGUUUUAUUAUUACUUGAUGAUAUUUUGUCUUUACUUAAUAUGGUUUUGACAUUACGUAAUGAUGUUUUGAUAUAACUCAAUAUGGAAUAGUCAUUACUUAAUGAUAUUUCGAUAUUACACGAUAUGGUUUCGUAUUGACUUGAUAUAGUUUUGUCAUUACUCAAUAUGGUUUUGUCAUUACUCGAUGUGGUUUCACCAUUAUUUAAUGUGGUUGUGUCAUUAGUCAAUGUGGUUUUAACAUUACUUGAUGUGAAUGUGACUUAACGUUAUGUAGUUGUUUCAUUACAUGAUGUGGUUUUGUUAUUUCGUAAUGAUGAUUUGCCUAUUCUUUAUAUGGUUUUAACAUUACGUAAUGAUAUUUCAAAAUUUGACGAUUUUACACUA